GCGACACGACAGUUGCUUUCCAGAAACCGUUGAGAAAAGUGCAUUCGGAAAAUCAACCUCUCCGCGGUGAGGAUUGGCGCGCGCGUUUUUAUGUUAACAAUCCGCUGGGGUCAUUUUUUUUAUCAUUCUUUUGUUGGGGAACUUUCAGUUUCUGAAGAAAACGGACAUUUUUGUGCAGUUGUUAAAAACGUGAUUUUUCCGUGUUCUAUUGCUUUAUCAUUGUGAAACUGUGCUUUCGUGAGAAAAAGUAAGCAUCAUUCAAGGUGGGGGAAUCGAGGCACCAAGUACACACGCACCCAUCGAAGAGAAGCGAAGCGAGUGUAAAUGGAGAAGGAAAUGCAUCAGUUGUUGCAGUGAAACAGUUUUUUUUUUCCUUUUAUUUGAGGGAGUGAUUGUAAAAUUUAUUCUUUGCGCGAUUUCGGUUUCGAUCGACCGAAGCGCGACCGCGCGGGUGUGUUUCUUUUUUCGUGGGUUUCGGCGGUGAAGAAAGUGUUUGCGGCCAGGCCACAACCAGGCUAGUCAACCAAGCGAGAAGCGAAAAGGAAGUUUCAUCCACGGACGGAGGAAAAGCUUCCUCAACCAACCAGCAGGGCUGGGGGCGUGCGGUAAUGAAUAUUGAUUGAAUUAAUUACAAAUUGGGUUUUUAAAUUUUGAAAAAUAUAUUGAUUUUUUGAUUUUAUACGAAAGAGCACCUUUUUCUGAGCCACUAUGAUUUUUUUCAGGUUUUUAGAACCUUAUUUUGGUACCUAAAAUCUAUUCCAAAGAAAUUUUUUGAAAUCACCUUUUGACAGCUGGGCAACUGUUUGACAGCUCCGCCCAGUACAAACUGCGACGAGGGGUGAUUCGACAAAUCGCUCCCAUACAAACUUCAAAUUGAUUUUUAAAUAGGUUCCCGGGCUCCAAAAUUCAUGAAAAUUUGGAUUUCGGCUCAGUUUGACAUGCAGAUUCAGAAUAUCGAAUUAUCUCAACACCGUUAAAGAAGCCAAUUGAAUGGAAGAAAAAUUUUCGGAAAAGAGAAGGUGCAUUUUGGUCGUGCAACAACUAUAUACGAAAGUUGAAGCAAUUCCUGCAAUUCGAAUAAGCCGGAGGAAAGUGUGUGGUAUUGUGUAACUAGGAGAAAUAGAGCUUUACGGUGGAGUUACGAUUUUUUUGGGUGGAUAGUGACAGUGCCAAGAAAAAAAGCGAACUCGGGAUUUUACGUUCGUGCAUAGCAGCUGGUGGUGCCGCGACAAACAAUCAAGUCGAGAGAGUUGUGUCUGUCUAUGGUAUGCAUCUACAUCAAACAUAACACGAUUUGGAGGAUAGUUCUACCGAUAUAGCUAUUGGAAUGCCGAUCGACAGAUAGUUCAAUCCCUCUACGAGCACUCUUGAGAUGCUAGGUGGUUGAUGGUUCAUUCAACUUGACCCGAGAAUGACCGCUUCUUACUGACGACCCUCCCUAUAUGGUAUACCGGAGGACACCCGUCGUUGUUGUCGUCGUCAUCAUCUAGAUGUGCUCACCUCGCGCUCAAUAGCUACAACGACCAGCAGUACCACCACCACCGACUGCCUGACUGCCUGAUUGAUGCUGACGAUGCAAAUCCUAGGUCAAUCGCCGGCGAAUUACUGUUGCUGUUCCUACUGAUGCCGCCGCCGAAUUCGAUUCCAAAGAGAUUGCAGUGAAAAGAGAAAAAAAAACGCGACAUCCUCCAAAGAUGUAAACUGGAACAGUGCCACAAAAGUCCACACUGACUGGUGAAACCAAACUGUGAUUCCUGAUAGACAGACGACCUGAUAGGAACUUGCCACAUGACAACACCAAACACCACUAUGGACACCAUACAGGAAGUAGUGACGACAACCAAAUUGACAACAACGACGGAAAACGCCAUCGAUGGUGGUGGAGAGGGAGGUGGUGGCGGCGCCGAAGAAAUUGACCAACAGCCGCUCAAAGUGCCGGCCAUCGUGACGGAUAAUGACACGACCAAGUCGUCGCAGGAUUCUUCCUUCACCGUGACCGAGUACAACUGCUCUUCACUGGUGGGAGAGGGGGAACUCGACGGUGGGAAUGCUGAUGCCAACGGGGAAGAGGAACCAAUGACUGCAACCACGUCGGAAAUUAUCGAGCUUAUCAACGAUGGCAGUCUCGCGGACAAGGACGCCAUUGACCCGGACGCCGCUGUAAAAGUGCUGAACGGGGGUGGGGAUGGGAGCGACAGUGGUGUGGAAUUCGGUGGUAUCAGUGGUUCGUUGAACGAAACCGGAAUACUACAGCGAGCGCUGAGUAACAAUAGUGCCGGAUACGCUAGCAGUUGCUGCGGGUUGGAGGAAGGCAAUGGGGUUAGUGUGUCGUGUAAUUCCAGUAUGAUUAGCUAUAGUUCGGAUGCGUACGAUAAGACCGGGAGUACGAUUCUGCUGGGUGGUGGGAGGUUGAGCAAUGACUACUGUGCUAGUGAGGGUGGUAGCGAGAGUUCCUCGGUCACAGGUGGCCCGGUGAGUUCAUUGCGGAAGGCAGGCAGCACCAGCAAGAAGAAGGUAGCAAUGAAGGAACCGUUGACUACCAGGUCUCCGAGGAAGUCGACUGAAAGUAGUGUUACGGUGAGGAGUAGUUCUAGGUCCAGAGCUUCCUCUCUGGGACGGUCGGUUUCAUUGAACUUGAAGACGCCUCCGACCUCGGCGUUGAACGUUCGAGAACGAGCGAGAUCUCGGGAGAAAAUUACUGCUUCCAGUGCCGCUCUUGGCAAGUCCGUGACUGCGCCAAAGCAGGUGCCGCAAACCAGACGUCCGGUUAAGCCUGAUUCGUUGCCCACGGGUAUUAAGGAAGGUUCACCUGCGUUACAGAGGGUUAGCGUAUCAAGAACGCCUUCCGUAACGCGUAAUAGAACUCCUUUGGGCACUCCUACGGAUGAUGGUCGUUGGCCUUCGGUAGGAGGCAAAGGCAACACAACGCCUCGCAAUUCCACUCGAGCCACUUCGGUGGCCCCUGAAACUCUCUCAAUCAAAACUCGCGUCGGAACGAUAGCAUUGGAGGCGAAGGCAAGUUGUCCGCUGGACAAAUACGGCACUCUUCCACGGCGGGCGAAAGAACGCUCGGCGGAAGACUUGAAAGGAUCCGGUUCUCGCAGUGCCUCCGCUACUCGUGACCCCAACCGUAUGACUUCCUCGUUAGUAAAGAAGCUACCGUCCUCCAAACAGGAAACACCCACCAGAACCAUGCCAAGCUAUCCAAGAUUGUUGGGUGUGACCAAAAAGCUAGUCCAGAAAACCAAGAUCUACCAUGAAACCAGCGUUCAAACGGCAAUCACCUGCAAGGAUGUGGAAGAUGCCUUCAGCGGUAACGCCAAAGAUAUCAAGGUAGAAGCGGUUGAAAUGUGCCACAAACAUACCCAGUCCGACAUCCGGGACAAAGAGAUGGAAAAGCUGGAGGAGAAGCUCAAGAAACUGACCUCGGAGUAUUCUACGUUGAUGACCAAGCACUCGGAGAAGAGUCAACUGGUGACUGCACUGGAGCAAAAACUACUGAAAGAACGCGAAGAAAAGCUAGCCGCCCAGAAGGAACUCCAGUGCAACAGCGAGCGGGUCCUCGGAAUGCUCGAAUCUGUUCACGGGGUCCCGAUCGAAACCGGCGAAGACUGCGAUAGCUUGCUUAUCCUAGAAUCCCAACUGCAGCAAUCCGGCACGGUACUCGAGAAGAAGCAGGAGGAAAUCUCCAAGCUGAAAAGCAUUUGCCGUACACUCCAGCACGAUAUGGAGCGUUCGCUCAAAAACCAGGAAGAGCUUUUGAGACAGAAGACUGAACUGGAGGAGGAAUCGUGCGAGAUGCAGGACUUCCUCCAGGCCGAGAAGGCGUCCUGUAUGGACGCGCUGAAGGACGCCGAGCUGGAGAUUAGCCAGCUGAAGCAAUCGUUGGCUCAGCGGGAGAGCGAAAUCGAGCGGCAGCAGGACGAGUGUCGGCAUCUGGUGCGCAUUGGGGAGCAGAGAAGGCAAGAGUUCCUUGGAAUGCAGGCCAAGUAUAAUGCACUGGAGAGUAGAUCGAAGGAUAUACUUCUUCAGCAGGGUGCCGCAGUGUCCGGAGCAUCUGUGGCGUUGUCCGGUUUGGGUUCGCGAUUGGAUCAUCUGGUGGAACAGCUUAUUGCUUCGUACAACAUUUCGGAGCAGGAUUUGGAGGACGUAAUUUACCACAACGAAGCCUAUACCAACAGUAGCAGCGGCGACGGUAGUCCAGAAUCCGAACAACCCGGUAGCAACACCCAGAAUGGCCUUCAGCAACACCAGCCCGCAGAUUCUCCGCAGAAAUCCUGCAAGAGUGACACCCCGCUGUCUCCCCAGCGUGGUCAGUCGUUCAUAGCUGCUGUGAUCAGUGCGAUAAAGAAUGCUACCAGUAAGACAACGGCGCUCAAGUCCAGUGCGUCCGCUGCUGCUUCCCGGGACAAGAGGGAGAUUUGCGGUCACGAAUCCGACUCGACCGAAAUGCUCGAUUCCGAAACCGAACCGUGCCUGAUGAUGGACAACGUCCUGGAGGACGUCGCCAUGCCGGAUUCGCACUCGCACAACAUGGUCUCGUCGUCGACGCGCAUUUCCCAAAUCGAGAUGCCGUCGUCGCUGGAAAGCGGUGCCAACAUGAUGAUCUCCCACGACGAAUCGCUGGACAAUCUGUCGCAGGCGAUCACCAACCGGCAGCAGAUCGAACUGCAGUCCAGUAUUAUUGCCAGCGGGCGGUCGCCACGGUUCCGCCGGUCGUGCAGCGGUUCCGAGCAGCGGGCCGGGGCCGAUCAUACCUCCGCUAGCCAUAGUUCGUCGCUGGAGGACGACGAGAACAGCUGCUGCGCGGAGGCGGCCUCCAUGGGCGAGAUGCCGUCGAUCUGCGAGUACUGCAACGCGCAAUCGCUGGUCGAUCAGGUGAUCGACGUGGACAAUCUGAUCACCAAGCUGCUCAAAGUGCUGCGAAUCGUACAGAUGGAUAACGACCACUGCAUUCAGGAGCUGGUGUGCCACAAGAACAAGUUGGCACUCACCAACGAAGAGAUUCAGGAUCGCGUGAAGGAGUACGAAGAGCUGAACGAAAAGCUGAAAGAUGAUCUCAAAGAUGCCUCGCAACAGUUGGUGGCUCGCGGUUCCGAGCUAGUCAAGAGCAAAGCCGAACUGCAGUCCCACCGGAUGGAGAUUGAUAAACUCAACGAAGACAUUUGCCAGCUGAGCACCCUGUGCAGCAACAGCCGCCAGAAUAGCAACACGAUCUCAUCCGGCUCCGGCACCGGCGUCGGCGGUACUGCUGGUGGUCUGAUGAUCAACCGGGAGGAUAUCGUCAGUGCGCUCAAGCUCUGGAACGACGCCGACUCGAUUCCGGAACCGGACCUUAUCCAACAGGUGGUCCAAGCGUGCAAUGAGAUUCCCAAACUGAAAGCUCGCCUCCGGGAAAAGGAACAACAGGUGGGGGCGAUGAUGAGCGGUAGUGGUGCCAAUUUGGUGAUGACAGCCAGCUGGCACCAGGCUCUGGCGGAAGCCAAGAGGCAGUACGAAGCGAUCGAUCGAGCGCUGGAAACGCUUCACAGCGUACAGUCGGUGGUGGAGCAAUCGCCCGCCCUGAUGCAGCUGCAACGUGACCUGGAGGAGACCAACUUCCAGGCGAUAUCGCUGGUAUCGCUUCCGGCACACCUGAUGGCCCCCUCGCAUCAUCCCCAUCAUCAGCAGAAUGGGAACGUCACGUCAGCCAUCACGUCGGCCAAUGGAGACGGCAUCGAUCUGAACGCGAACCAGACGACCAAUGGGAACAGUAGCAACAGCAGCAACAACGGUUCGGUAGCGGUAGCAGGACUGCAGCUCAACCAGCCGGAUUUUAUCGACUCGACGGCAUGACGGUAAAACGGAGGUGAUUAGGAUCGGGGUGGACGAAACGAGAGAGUCAUACUGUCGAAGAUGAUUUUUUUUUCUUCUGGGUUUUGAUUAUUAGAUAGUGAGAUAGAAUUGCGUAUGUUUGUGCGUUUCAAAGUGAACGAGAUAUUGUGAUCAUUAAAGUUUAAAUACCCAUAGAUAACUAUUCACAGUGGAAGGGUUUCUGACUUCGGUGUUGAAAUUUCGGUAGAAAAAUAACUUGGUAAAGCUUCACAGAGUUUCAUCAAAGUAAUAUUCUCAUGGACAUCUGAACAUGGAAGUCAGUAACAGUAUUUCAAUGUGUUAAAUGAGAUUCGAGAUAGUUUCAUUAGCCAAAACAUAAGCGUGAUUAGGAUCCGUACAUGUUAAAUAGGUAAAAAAAAAUGCAGCCACAAUAGGAAGAAACCUUACAAAAUGUAGUAUUUUCAUGUUUUCCUGUUAUACGAUAGUGUCCAAAGUAGCGAAGAUGUUUAAACUCAACAAUUAUACACCCUAGCUUUAGGUAGUGCGCGCACAGGUCGGCGCGAUAGGAUGAUAGAAUAAAUUUUAUUAAAGGUUCCAAUCAAGACAUAGAACAUCAAGAAAACUAGUUGCAUUUUUCAGCGUUUCGCAAUUGAUGCAGACAAAGAUGCAGUCCCAAUGCGGCGUCAAUUAUUUGUGAGAAUUUAUUAGGCUAAGAGGCAUGAUGUCGACGCCCCUCUUCCGUUAGUGUCGCUGGAAAACAGACUUCCGGACGAGGAUUGACUGAGAGGGCAUUUUCUUGAAACCACAGUUGAAGUAAUGUAUGUUUUCCGUUUACCUUCUUUGACCUUCUUUGACGAUCGAUUGAACUAUGGUUUGAGACCCGAGGAACCGUUUCACUUGUGCUCAUUCUACGAGUAGAGUGGCGUGACACAGCUCGACUCGUCUAUCGAGGUGAGAUAUUUCGGCUAGAAUGAAGUUACUCGUCAUAUAAAUCAAAUGUAGAAUCGCCUCAUUCACGUCGUGAUACCUCACCUCGAUAGAUGAAUUGAGCUACGUCACGUCACUCCACUCGUAGAAUGAGCACAACUAUAUGAAUAGCCCUACAAGGAAAUUAAGGCUUCACAAUUUCUUAACAAUCUUAUUUAUCACACAAUCUAAUCUCUCUGGUUAUGCACCAAACGGCAAUCCAUGCAUCAUCGUGAAUCUCGGCCAAACAACAAUUUUCCCAAAUUCUCCUACUGUCAACGUUUAAUAGUAAAUGCUGUGGACGUGUCCGACGUUUUAACUGGCCAGUUGGGUCGGUUAACAAUUGUUCAGAGUCUGAACUUCAGACGUGUCUUUCACGGACAAACGUAAUAUUUAUCGGAGGAAUGUAGCACUCUCAGUCCUUAAUUCUCGCAACGUUUCGGCCAUGGGAUGUGGUCUUUUUCAAGGAAAAAAUUGGUCUAUCGAUUCCAUCGUAAAUUGUCUGUUUUUGUUACUAUCGUUUGGUAAUGAUCUGGGCUUUUUUUAGAUGAUUUUGUAGUAACUUUUUUCAUCUCUUCCGUUCAUCAUAUUUCCAGUCGUACGCCAAGAACAAGUGGGUAAUAUUUAUCAUUGUCCCAUUAAGGAACCGUAAGUUAUCGUAGAGAAGACCAGUGUUGCGGCAUUCUUACCUUUAUUGACUGGAGAGACACACUCUCUUAUCUCAUCUGCAUGAGCGGUUGGCUUCCUUUUUGAGAACAGAGUUGCGCUGACUGACUUCUCAUCUUCUUUUUACUCACUAAGUCGCGAUUUUGGAGUUCCUCCGCCUUUUUAUCUUUCUUCUGAAGGAAUCAGAUGUCAUCUGUGUGAUAUACCGUUUCUCUUAAUGCGUAGCCUUUUGAAGGUAUUGUUCCUUUGAUCUUCUACGUUCCCACACACUCUUCAUGAAAAGUUUAACCAAUUUUCUCCAAAGUUUGGCCAAAUUACUUCACUAACUCAUAGGAUUUUAUCUCAAGCUUAAAUCUUUCAAAUCAAACCUCCAACCAAAAGUUCAACAAUUUACAAUCGUCAAGAAAUCCCAUUAAAUACCGUUUAGAAUGUUUUCACGCAAUCGAACCAUUUCUCAGUUUAGGUUUGCCCAUUCCAAAAACUGCACUUGCACUCUUAUAGGACCUUUUCUCGUGGCAUGAGAAAAGUAUCUCUACUAAGGCAAUGAAAAUGCAUUUGCAGUUUUAGCAACUUACCACAAAGACAGCAAAAUGCAGCUUUUCAUUAACCAAAAAAUUUUGUCAAUCUAAAUAAAGUACUAACGUACUGAAUAACGUUUUCCUAAUAAAAAGCAAUAUAACUGUUUCUGGCUUUCACUUAGUUUGCACGAAAGACCAAACUUUACGAAGACUUGAAACUUUGGAACACCACCCACCAUCCAUCCUACCACACGCUACCGCCAAGCAUAACACACCGAAAUUUCUACAGCUGUCUAGGAAAUGUCCUCUAGACUCAAUCUUCCGCCAGAAGCAGAAAACAUAUAGAUAGCCGUUGAUAUUGAAUUUGAGACACCUAGGUAGUUCUCCUAGGUUGGUAGAUUUGAUAUGGUAAUGAAGACGUCCAUUUCAGGUCCAUCUUUUUUAUUGAACCGUAUUCAGCGUACUGACGAUAGUUUUUCUUUCCCCUGAGAUUUUGUGUACAGAAAGUAAGAAUCUACCCUUCCAUUCCUCUGUAUUUUUUUGUAUGUUUUGUAUUACUUUAAAUGCAAAUAAUUUGUAUACACCUGCUUAAGAGAUAUAUGAGCAUUAGCCUUUAAGUUGUAAGUGAUAACAACAAACAAGUAAGUUUAACUUCAUCCGACAGAAGUGCAAAAUUUACCGUAUUAGAUUGAAGAGAAAAAAAAAACACUGCAAGUCGUAUGCCAUUAAAGAAGUUCGAUAAAGAAAAAACUACUCCUAGAUCUACUGAAUUGUCCAACUACUUAGCCGUAAGAACCUGUAGGUAUGAAUAACUUAUUUAGAAAUAUGUUUGAGAGAAAGAGAGGAAGAACGAGUCGGAAUGUGUGCGUGUGACUGUGAAUAUUUCUAUGGAUUAAAUAAAUCUUCUGAAUAAUA